GAUAAGAGAAUAGAAAACAAACAAAAUGGCCGCUUCUCCUAGUCUAUCUGAUGUUGAGUUUCAUCGUAUGCAGCUUCAGUUGAUUGAACUGAGAACUAACAAUUAUGAAGUUGAAAGAAGAAAUAAAUUGUUGGAAAGAGAGUUGUCUGAGACCAAGGAAAAAAUCGAUCAACUGGAUAGAGAAUUGGGAAAAGCUAAACAGGCCAUCAACAAAAGCAAGAAAGCUAAGGAUGUGGAGAUACUUCUCCAAGAGUCAGACUCCUUACAAAGAAAGUUGCUUAGUCAGGAAGAAGAGUUCAGACUUCAGAAUCAAACUUUGAUGGCAGAGCUCAGUAUGUUGGUGUCUAGCAAUGAAGAGUACAAAAAGAAAGUGGAGCUGUUAGAGUCAGGGAAUGCAGUGCCUGUGGCAGUCCAGGAGUCUAGCGUCAGUGAGGAGCUCUAUAGACUCAAGGCAGAGAACUUGGCUUUGCAGAAAAAUUUACAUGCAUUGCAAGAAAAGUUUGAGAAAGAGGCAGUAUUAAAAAGUAAUGAUCAAUCUCCAGAAGUUACCAUCGCAAGUCAGAGCCUCAUGCAACCAGAAGAAAAAGAUUCUGUUAAUGGUGAAGAAGCAGUGGAUGGAGCUGUGCAGAAAGGCUUGACUCAGUCCAGCUCUGAAUACAAUGAAACUAUCAAUAAACUGCGUUUAGAACUUGACACAGAAAGAGAGGAGAAACUUCUAAUAAAAUCAGAGCUUGAAAUCAAGAAGAAAGAGCACCAAGAAAAAAUGACAGCAAUCCAAGAAGAACUAGAAAAGGCAGCAGAUAAGCUUAGAAAAAAACAAGAAAGUUACCUUCAGCUUCAUGCGGAGAAAGAACAAGUGUUUAAGGAAAUGAGUGCAAAGCUGGAUGAGAAUCAGGCAGCCAGAGAUAGGGACCAGAAAUAUUACAAGGACCAAAUAGCUAAACUACAAGCAGAAAUUGAGAAAGUUAAGAAGGAAUCUGAAUAUCUUCAGAGUAAUAAAGACAAACAAAUAGAAGAACUGAAGCAUCAUCUAUCACAACUUCAAACACAGGUGGAUGCUUCAGGUAUUGUAGCCAGUCACCAACUCCAAGAACAGAGUGGGAAGUACUUAGCUGAGAUCACAGUCUUGAGGGACCAGUUGUCUAGGAUAACCAAAGAGCGAGAUGACCUGGUCACUCAGUUACAGGAGAGCAGACGUGUGGCAGAUGAUGCAGUCAGUCAGAUGCAAGCAGCCCUGUCAGAGAGAGAUAAAAAUAUUUUGUCCAUGCAAGAAAUCAGUAAGGUAGCUGAAAAGCGAAAAUCCCUUGUAGAUGAAAUGGCUAUCAAGUACCAGAAAGAGUAUGAUGCACAUCGUGAGAAUGUUGCCAGGAUAGAAGAGAAACAAGCAGCAGAAGUAGAAAAACUACAAGCUAAGAUAGAAGAACAAUCAAAAAAAAUCCUUGAAUUGAGCAAACAAGCUGGUUUAGUGGAAGAGAAAAUCAAAAAGAUUGCAUCCCUAGAAGAUACUAAAGGUUGGCUGGAGAGACGGCUUACUGAAGUGGAGGCACAGUUGGAGUCUACAGUGAAAACAUUCAAUGAAGAAAAGUUAUCCAUUACAGCGCAGUACAGUGCCCAGAUUAAUGAUUUGUUAGCCCAACAAAAAGAGGAGCUCAAGCAUGAGGUGGAUGAAAAAGAAAAGGCAGCUGAGGAGUGGAAGAAUUUGGAGUUAAAACUAAACAGUGAACUGGAAGCCAAAAAUGAUCAAAUACAACAAUUGCUGCAGGAAAUCAAGGACAUGGAGGAGGAAAAGAAACUACAUGAGAAGAAAGGCAUUACCAUGUUGAAAGACUUGAAACGGCAGCUUCAUGCAGAAAGAAAAAGAGGAGAAAAACUUCAGGCCAAGUUACAGGAAGUCCUCUCGGAAGAAACCAACAAACAUGUUGAGGACUUGUUUCGCACACCAGACAGUGAACUGCUUGAGACAAGCUCCUUGUCUUCUUGGGGAGCUGCUGCUAGUGGACUAGGCAAAGAUUCAGUAGCCAGUGGGCCACAGUCACCCACCUCAGGAGUCAACAGUCAGGACAGUGACGCUGGUGCUAAAGAUGAAUUUAAUGACCUCUUUAAGAGAAUCGGUCAGCUCCAGCAGGACAAAUGGGCACUGGAAGAGAAGGUCAGUCACCUAGAGACCAGCAAUGCUUGUAUGGCUGAAGAUUUGUUGAACAAAACUUCCAUUAUUGAACAUUAUGUCAUGAACAGUCGAGCUGGUCCUAAGCACAGCAAUUCUCAUGAAGACAAGCUGACCCUGAAGAAGGUCAUGGACAUGGUGAAUAAGAACAGUGAGCAUACCCAGCAGACGCAAGACAUGAACAAGAAGCUGCAGAGCAUGCUGGAGGAGACUCUGACCAAAAACAUGCACUUACAAAAGGAUCUUGAGUUUAUGUCCCAAGAAGUUGUCAGACUGAGUAAAUUGUCUAUCUCGGCAUCUCCUGAGCCUGCGAAGCUUGCAAAUACACCACCAGCAACGAUGGCCUUGCCUUCACCUGUCACUCCGGAGCCCUCAACUCUUGUCAGUGCAGAGCGAGAGAGCAGUGUGACUUCGGAUGAAAACUUUGAAAUCAUAUCAGGACCCCAAGACAAUGACAGUGACAUUGAUGGCAAGCUGGUCAUAGAUUGUGACAUGUCCAUUUCGUGAUGUUAUGUUGAUGAGGAUCACUGAAUGGGAGCUUGUUUCUGUCUGUACUGGACCAAGAGGAAAAUAGAACACACUAUCUGCCUUAGUCAGUGACUGACUUUGUCAACUGGACCACUUAGUCACUACAUUCAAACAAUAAUACUCAGUCCGUCUACUAAAUGUUUAAAUUGGGUUAUGGCCAUGUGUCAGCAAAUGUUAUUGCUGUGUAUAACUGUGGCAGUGAUUAGUAAAUCAUUUAUGAAUGUGCAUCCAGAUAUGUUCCCUCUAUUCAUUAUCAGACAUUUCAUGUUACUUGCAUAGACAUGUUGUUCUCAUCAUCAUUUAUUAUAGAUUCAUUGUGCAGAGACAAAAUUUACACUUUAGUUUUGAUGGGUAUAUGUAUAACUAUGUCAUUGUUAUGUUCAUAUAUGUUAUUACUUAGUAUUGUUGAGCAUAUCUGACAUCAAAUAUUCUCACUUAAUAAUUCCUAAAUUGAAAGUUGCAAACGCACAUUUUCUGAGUAAUGUAUUUCCUUUCAUUAAAUAAGUUGUAAUUAUUUUUUUUUUAAAUUCUCUGAUUUGAGUGUUCAGAAAGCUUUUCACUGCAAACGAUUGUUAUGCAAAUGGUUACAAAUAAAGUGUAGCUGAUAGGGUUCAAUAACCUUCUGGUUAGGCUGAGCCAAAGGAUUUUGAUAUUUCAAUAACUUUCUGAUAGGCAUGAUUUAAAAAGUGCCAUCUCUUAUGUCUACAGGCAGACUAUAUUUUGAUGACUUUUCAUUUUAAACUUAUUUUUUUCAACUGUUCUGUUUAUUUUUUAAAUGCCUGUGCUACUAGAAAACAAAAAAAAAUUAUUUUUUUUUUAGUUUCAUAGAAUUUGUCAGGCAUGAAGAAAAUCAGCUAUGUAAAAUAUUUGAGAAAUUUUCUGGGUUUGAAGUGAAUUCUCAAUUUUCAAGCAUGCACAUUAGUCACUUCACUAACUUUCUAUUCACUACAACAGUCAAAUAUUUUCUAUUAUGUCUGUUACAGACUAAAUCAGUCAAUGAAAAAAUAGAUUGAUCUAAACAUCUUUUGAUUACACUUACAAUUAUUGUAACUAUACUUCUAGCAAUAAUUUUUUGUUUUGAGAUCUCUGUAAUCCAAGCCCAUCAGUAGUGUGUAGGAAAUGUCUAGCUCUGAUCCACAGCCAACCUGCAUUUUGCUUCACAUUGGUGUCACUCGUGUCUGUUUUUUAUAUUCCCAAUGAUUGUUAUUUGAUGGUUACAAGUCUUCCACAAACUACAUAGUUAUUUUAUAAUUUAUUAUCUGCAUCACAGUGCGGUACAAGCCUAUGUAUACUCCAGUACUUAAUAGGUAGAUUUCAUUCCAUUGCUUUCUCAUUCUUGGUAGUUAGGGUUAUGGUGGAUAUUUUUUAAGUCUGAAUGUUAGUAGGGAAAAAAAAAGACUAAUUGACACUUUUUGUUCUUUUAAAAUAAGUUAGAAUAUUGAGAAACUUGGAAGAUUACUUAGAAAUAGCCAUAGGCAAUUUUUUUUCCUCAAAUGUCUAAAUUUCUUCUCAUUAUUUCCCUUGCAAUCAAUGGACAUGUUUUUUUUUAAUGCACUUAGAAAAUUGGCUCAUUCAAAAUGUGUAAACAUUAAGAAUAUUAAUAGAUCUUGUAAGAGAUGAAAAUAGUUGAACAUCUAAAGAAAUGUAACAUCAUUGACUUUCCCUAAGAACAGUUGUACCUGAGUUAGCACAGAGGCAGCUCUUUCCUUUUUUCUUCAUGUUUCUUGAUGUAGUCUUACAUUAGACUAGGAAUGUGUUUCCCAAACUGUGUUCCCUGGAACCCUAGUGUUCCUCAGGGUGUUCUAGUAGGCCACCAUCUCUCUACAAAAAUAAGCAAAUUGUUUAGCUUUGGGAAACACUGGACCAGGAGAUCCAGUUUGUCCUUAAUGUUACAAAGUAUUCAAUCUUACAGUGUCAGGUGAAUCUGUUCUUUGAUGGUGUCUUCAUGUCUUCCCAUUUUCUUUUUACCACCUGUCAUUGUUUGCUUAGAUUGAAAACAAAAUAUGAUUAGACCAGAUGUUGCACAAGUCAUGAUUCCCAACACAAUGACAUUGAUACAGGGUUCUUCUACACUUGUCUUGUCUAGGUGUACAAGAAAGAAAUUGAGACAUGAAGUCUUUUUUUUUUAAUAGUUUUUUUAUUUGUAUUAAAAAACUAAAAGAAACUAUUUUUCUGUUGUUUAAAACUUUGACCAAAAGUUGUUUUUUUUUUUUUACUAUAUUAAUUUUUAGUUUACAAUAGUUUUCAUGUUAAAUGUAAUUUAGAUUGCUUCAAGGCAGAAAAUAAAAUUGAACUUGGUAUUAUUUUUUUUUCAUGGAUCUAAAAUUAAUUAUAUGGGUCAUGAUCACAAGGAAAUCUAUCAAUAAAUCUCAAAUCAACAUGGAUACAAAUCAUUCCAUUAUGUAGUGACUUGCUUGUGUCAAACUUUUCAAAGUGUUUCAGUGGUGGAAUAUUUGUGCAGUAUGUUUUAUAUUUUCCAGUGUGUAGGAUGGUAGUUUGAAUGUCACUCAAUUAUUUGAAGAACUGGAGAAAAACAAUUUAAAAAACAGGUUUACAAUAAAUGCAUAUUUAAAUCACAACUAUUAACGUAAAUUGUAUCCUCUUAUCCAUUAGGAAAUUUUGGUGUCAUCAAAACCAAUUUAAUUAGUAAUUUGAAAGUGAACUUAAUGUCAAGUCAGACAAAACGAUGACGUAUUCUGUAUUUUUUAUAAUCUGACACUAAGAUUAUAGGCUCUUCUGGUGUGAUCAUUAAUCACUUACAAAGUUUUGUUGCUCUAUAAAACCAAGAUUUGACUUUUUAGACUAAACUUUUCUUGGUCUAAUCUUUAAAAAAAAAAUUUAACCAUUUUUUUCCCCCUAACUUGUUUGAUUUCUUUUAACAUUGUUAUGUUAUCCAAACCUGUUUGGUGUCUAGUGUUGAAGAGGAGAUGUUUGUACUGACAGCCUUGCCUCUCAUCAAGCAGGACUCAGAAAGCUAAUUAAAUAUUGUUUUGUUUCUUUUUUUUCUUUCUAUGAAGUGAUACAUUUUUUUGUGAUGAAUGAAAGAAAUUAUUAUUAUUUUCAAAUUUCUAAACAAAAAUGAUCAGUUUAUGUCUUGUGACAGUUAUUUAUUUCAACCUAAAUGUUUCCAUUUCCAGAUUUAUUGUUCUGAUUGAAAGUAUUUAUUUUUGUAUUUAUAAAGAGGCGGACGAACUGGAGAAAACGUAUCUUUUUUAUUCGCUUCUAAUGUCUUAUAUUUAUAAACUUGUUUUUAUAUUAUAAUUUCAUGCCUUAAUGAAACCUCAGUGUGAAAAUCUGGUGAAUUAGAAGUAUUACUAGGGCCAUUCUGUAGACAUGUCUGACUCAACAAGGGCAAAGUGUAAACAAAUAUUUAGUCCUUACCCUUGUUUUUUAAAUGAUUCAUAUAUAUAUAUAUAUAUAUAUAUAUAUAUAUAUAUAUAUAUAUAUAUAUAUAUAUAUAUAUAUAUAUAUAUAUAUAUAUAUAUAUAUAUAUAUAAUAAUAUAAAGUAAUGGCUUAGUCACAUAUAAAUAACAUAUAUAUAUCUUCUUCGUUGGCAAAAUGAAGUUUUAGGUCUUAUUUUACUGCCUACACUUUCUUAUUUUGAUCAUUACAGUUCUAGUAUUGGUUGCAUAUCAAUGAGGCUUCAAUUUGUAACAAAAUGAUUUAUUUCUAGUAUCCUAUGGUGCGAUUUUUAAAUAGGUCCCAACUUGCUGUCAACACUUUCUCAUUUUGAUCAUUACAGGUCUUGUGUUUGUUGCGUAUCAAUGAUGCUUCAAUUAGUAACAAUUUGAUUUAUUUCUUAUUUUAAGUAAUAUGAUUUGAUUUAAAAAAAAAAAAAAAAAAAAAAAAAAUCAGUAACUUAAGUUUCAAAGUAAGAAAAAAAAGCCAAGAAAUGUAUUUGUCUUAACUUGAACAAGAGCUCUGAAAACUAACAUUAGGUGUGCCAAGUCCCAUCAUGCCAGCAGCACUUUUUAUACAUAGGUUGUCUCCCUCUAUAUUAAUGAGGUCAAAUAUGUUGGGAGAUCUCAUUAUUUUUUUUUUCAAUUAUAAAAACAAUUUCUAUUAAUCAUUAAAUUUUUGGCCCUUUCCAGAGCCGGCUCUAACAAUUGCGGGGCCCUAUGCGUAACGGAUUGGAUAAGGAUAAUAAGUAAAAAUUUAAAUUUGUAUAAGAAAAUAAAUUUGUCUUUGCAUUUUAUUCAUUCUUUACUGAGUACAAAAUCACAAUCAAACCUUGCAUGUAGCAAAGUCAAUAUUCAUAGAUUUCAAUAAUUUCAGGAGAUUUCCAGGAUUUUAUUACUAUUAUUAUCUUUUUUUUUGUAUUUUUGGAAUUCCAGGAUAUUAAGUUAUAAUUUACACCUAGAAUUAGCGUGGGGCCUAUUAUUUAUUUGAUAUUUCUCAAUGAAAAACAUUUUAAAAGUUAUUCCAAGGUCCAAUGAUUUACUUCAUUGUCUUGGCUGUUUCAAGACCUCAUCUUCAUUAUACAAAAUGUCUACAGUUAAAUAGCUCUUUUCUGCCUGUCUGUCACAUUAGACUUUUAUUAAAACAAAAAGUCUGAAUGUUUUCUUUGAUACUUAUUUAUAAUGUUGAUUAUGUAUAUAGUAAAUUGUUUCAUGUUCAUUAUAACUUUUGAAAUGUCCAAUGUUGCACGGGAAAUCACAACUAUAACGUGUUAUUUUAUACCAGGGGGGAUGCUCCUCACACAUUUCAAAGAAAGAUUGCAUUGUUCAGACCCCUACAGGGUUUCCUAGUUUUUCUUGUUGUUAAGCUGCCAUGAAGUAAUUAAUUGUUAAUGAUGGCCCACACAGAGGAUAUUUUUGUUAAAAUUGAUAAUUGGGUAAAAACAAAAAAAAAUGAUUUUUAAAUAGCUCAUUGGUUGGCUUCUGUAGAGUUAUAGAUCAUUAAAAAAUGAUGUGUUGUUAAAAAUUUUGCAUUUUUCAAAGGAAAUUUCGUGUACGACAAAUGCUUAGAUGAAGCUGUCUAAAAUAAUCUAAUACAUGUUUGUGUUUGUAAAACAGCUGCCCAUGACUAAACUAAAAAAUUGAAUUAGUUUUGAUUUCAAUAGUCAGCAUUGUUUUUCUUUUUUAUUGUAGAUAUUUAAAUUGCUUUAUCAAUAAGUUCUGGGUUCUAACAUCAUGUGGGUCAUCAUCCAACAGAAUGUUAUGAAUGUUCUAGCUAUCAAUGUUGUCUGUGACUUGGUGUGGGUGAAGGGCUUCAACAAGUCAGGGAUUGCUGUUUAUUUUUUUCAGAAUGUGAAAAGUUGAUUAUUUAAUUUUUUUUUUGUAUGUGUUGAGAUGGAAGAACAGAGUAUGUAUCAAAAGAUGUGUACAGGAGAAACAAAGUUAAGUUUUGAGACCUGGCCAUUCAUUGUGUUUCAAGCUUAGUUUGUAUCCUAGUUUAGGGGAUUGUACUAGCUAAGUUGAGAACUGUUCACCUUUUUUUUUCUCCAUUGGAAAAUACCAGAGUGUUAAAUAGAAAAGUUCAUUGCAGAACAUUAUCCCAUAACAAAUGGAUGUUCUGGCCCGAACUGUACAUUAAUGGAUUUAAAGGGAAAUUGUUUGGAGACCUUUUCAGCAUUGAAUAUACUGGUAGUGAUUUUGAAAGAAAUGCUCUCUGAUGUACCAAAGCCAUUGGUCUGAAACCCAGCCAAAUUGUUGCAAAUGUGCCAAUUUAAAAUAAAUUAACAAAUGUAUUCUAGGUGUAGGAUUCAAUUGAAUCAACAUAAUUUGGUUUUGUUGGAAAAUUAAUUUUGGAGUGCUUUUAAUCUUUCCUCAUUCAAAACAUGUCUCUAUGUCUCAAUAACCUUAUAUAGUAAUACAUGUACCAAUAUAUUAUAUAUGUACUGUAGCCUAUUAUUACUUACAAAAUGUCUUUAUUUCAAUUGACAAAAGAGCUUGCUAAGACCACAGAAAAAAAAAAGGUCUAUUUAUGAACUUUUGAGAAUCUAAAGUGAUUAGACUUUUUACCCACUAUGUUGUAAUUGCAUCACUGACAUUCUUUUGCAAUUUUAAUUUCUUUAUGUGUUAUUCACAGGACUGCUGAUUGGUUGUUAGUCCUGUACAAAGUUGAACACAAACUGAAGUGAGUUUGUAUUUCUGGUAGCAGCAUGAUUGGAUUUUGGCCUCGUUACAAAGUUAAAACACAUGCCUCUAUUGACUUAAAUACUUUAGAUAUACGGGACUACAAAGAAAAAAAAAAAGGUAAUGCUGAGGAUUAGCAGGCAUGUCAUAAAUAGGAAUAAAUAAAAUUUAUGCGUAAAAUAUGAAGAAAUGCUAAUCAGUAGUAAAUGUAUUAUGAUUGCUCUGGACCUGCUAGAGUUAUUUGUAUAUAAUUAACUGCUCAUACAACAAACUCUUACAAGGUAUAAGCUUGCCAUUCAUUCAUGUGACAUCUGACAUUCAGACGACUCUGACAGUAGGAAUGUACUCAACCUGUCCUUAUCAUUCAGUGCAAUAAUGUAUCACAUUCUAAAGUUUGGACAAUAAAAUCACAUCUCAGA